AGCACAAAGGCGUAGCCUGCACAUGAGAAAAGAUGUGGUCAGGUGGACGGAUCGUUUUUCCUCCUCCGACCUCUUUAGAGCUCGGAAAUCCAAAGCUGGGUGUGAGAUGUGGCACAACACUGCGCACUCCCAGAUCCCCGUUUCUAGGCGUCGUGGGAGCGGCCUUUAUGUGUGGCUGAACAAAGGAUGUGGGCUCUCUCUUUCUGAUUUGUUACUCUGCAGACAGUAUAUAUGUCGUGUCAGGUGUGUUCAGAGUCAGAGCCAAGAUGAAGGUACUCGAAGUGUUUCUGCUGGCGGCGCUGGGCUGCAGUCUGACCGAGGCCUGGCUCGUGUCGAAGUGCGACCUGAAGGAUCAGCUGCUGAGGGCGACUGAUGAGCAGAGAGGGAAGUCAAAGCAGAAUGGAGCGGCUGAAGAAAACUUAGUGGCCAAACUCGUCUGUAACGUGGAGCUGACAUCGGGUUUUAACACCAGCGCAGUGACCGAGCUGAUCCCGGGGAGAGAGGACCAUCCCCGCAGGGGGAGGAGGAACGCUUCCUUCGGGGGCUUGUUCAGCCUGGCUGAGCUGGAGCUUCCCAGCACGACCCCUCCCCCCGCUCGGGAGCGACGCGGCGCUCAGGAAGUCUGGACGUUGUACGGCAUUUUCCAGCUCAGCAAUUACCUGGUCUGCAACGACGGCACAACUCCGUCACCCAACAUCUGUGGACUGAGCUGCAGCAACUUGGUUGAUGACGACAUACGUGAUGACAUCAACUGUGUGUUGAAGAUCUUGGCCUAUCUCCUUGAAAAUGGCUUCGGGGCGCCCCACUGGGAGCAGUUAAGAAGAACGAUCAGGUUGAUCUUCCAGGAGGAGUGCAGAGACACACAAGCCUCUGAAUACUUCGCUGAAUGCUCUUAAACUCAAAAUAUUUAGCGACUAUCACUAUAAGUAUCGUCAGAGCGAUUCAUCUUCUCUCAAAUGAGCUGACAGUGAUUUAUAGACGUAAUAAAGGAAAGCAUGUUGCACUC